GAGUCAGCAAUUACGUCAUUACUGGGGUGAAGUUGAAAGGUUAGGAGAGGAAGAGAUGGCACAUUUGGCUCCCAUGAACAAUGGUUGCGUUCGGUAUAUAUGUCAGUUGAAGAGACUCACACUACAGUAUUGCAAGAAUGGAGGCAGCAGCAGAGGGAUAAGGGAGUUCCUGUCAGAGACUGUGGCCCAGUUUGCCAAGGAAAACCCUCAUCUGACGGUGUAUGUGAGACAGAGACCUGGAAGACACCCGAGGAUUGUUGCAGAGUUCUGUAUGUCAUGUUUUUUUUUACUCUUCCUCUAACUUCCUUCCUCCCCCCCUCUCUCUUACCCAACACUAGUGAGUGGGAACAGUCGCGUGGUGUCAGUAAAGAACAUGAGUGUGGAGGAAGUUGCUGGCCACAUCAGUCUCCUGAGAACCAGCUCAGGAAUAAAGACAGUCAAACUGGCCAAGCCAUGGCAUACAGAUAACCCCAGCAUCCAGGGAAACUGGACUCCCUUCCUCUAUAAAUAAUCCCCGUCACUUCUUUCUGUCGGCAUUCAUUAUUUCAGUGCAAUGAUCUGUAAAUCUGUAUAUAAUGUCCAAAUGACGUGCUAGCUGUAUACGUGUAUCAUGAA